AUGAAUGGGAAGCUUUGUCCUUCAGGCUUCUCUGCUAGCCAAAUCUAUAUGCACUUUAAGGAUAAAGAGAUCAAUGCUACUUUUGUCUGCCACGGUUGUGCCAAGCUGGACUCCGUAUCUUCUGGAGCAAUGACGGGUUCAAGUUCAAAAGAGGAAGGGGUCAUGUGUGCAACUAUUGUUGUGGUUGGAGGAGUUUUCAUGUUUAGGCACUCCAAGAGGAUGAAGCUGCAGAGAGAUCAAGCCAAGUUCAUGAAGCUUUUCGAAGAAAAUGAUGAGCCUGACGAUGAACUCGGACUUGACCCUGUCAUAUGA